GCCGAUUUGAGCCUGCGCAGAGCGCGUAAAACCAAAACGAAGAGAGUCGAACGGUAAAUCGGCAGCAGCAAAAUAAACUUUUAGAAUCGCCAGCGAGAGUCGUCUUUAAAGUCCGUGGAAAAACGUAGAAAGCGGCGGCCUAUGGCAACCUGACUGUCAUAACUGACAGAACUAUUAGAAGUCAAUCAGAAAUUCAGCAGGAAAACUACGUCGAAAUGAGCAGGAGGAGCGGAAACCAGGACAUAAGUUCCAAAUCGGAGAAGAUGCAGCGCUACUACGCGGAGCGCGAGACCACAGGACCGGAGUUCGACGAUCGCCUGAUAAAACUGGUGCGCGCCAAUCCGGCCAUUUACGAUGUCAGCCAUCCGCAUUAUCGCCGCAAUCCGGUGCGAGUGGACAUAUGGGAUCGCAUUGCCAACGAACUGGGCGCCUCCUCUCGCUUUCUGCAGACCAAAUGGAAGAACAUACGCUACAACUAUCUGCAGGAGGUCAAGGCGAUGGAGACGGGCCAGGCGAAUCCGAAUGUGCGCAAGCGGCGCUUCACCGAGGAUCUGUCCUUCCUGCAGAACACGGCCCAAACCUACAAUGUGAAGAAAUCCCAGAGCUUUGUGGCUCCCCAGAAUGGUGGAGGCGGAGGAGGUGGGAGUGACAAUGAUAGCAAUAGCUUCCUGUAUCCCGAUCCGGAGCACCUGAAGAUCGACGCCUCCGAGGGCUACGACAUCAUCGAGCUGGACAACAGCGAGGAUGGCUCCAAUAGCGACGACAACGAGAUUGUGCCCGAGCUGCAGCUGGUCAUGGAGGAGCCCAAGGCGGACCUAUCCCUGCAGACCACGCUGAACGGCACCAGUAGCAGCAAUCACAGCCAUGAACACGACCACGCCAGCUCGCCGGCCUCCUCGCCCCUGCUCACACCCAUGGUGGUCAUGGGCAAUGGCUAUGACCAGGAGAUGCACGCCCAACAGCCAGCGCAGGAGCAGAAGCAGAUGAAGAACAACUCGCUGUCCAACGGAGAGGUGACCAUCGAACCCAUUUACAAGCCGGCGGUCACCAGACGCACGUUACCCAGCGACUUUCUGACUAAUCCCUUCAAGCGCAAGGCCACCGAGGCGCCGCUUCAGGCCCAAGUCACCACCUCCUACAGCGAUCCCAUCGAGCUGUACUGCCUCUCGCUGGUGGACACACUGCGCAGCAUGCCCCGCUCGGAGCGGGAACGGGUCAAGUUCGAGUUCGCCAGCAUUCUGAAGGACGCCAAAUACAAGGACGAGUGCUAGGGCGUCGCUAUUCUAUACGUACAAUUCUCGAGUCACCUUAGAUUAGUGGUAAACAAGAAACGCACUCAAACAAGCCCACGAUGGACACUCAUUUGUAUACACUCCGUUUAUGUAUUAUUAAACUUACAUAUAAUUUGUAAUUCUGCGUUUUCGUCCUAGGCUAAGCUCUAAGUUAAUUUGUAUUAAGAUGAGGCGAUAUGUGUCCAUAUCUAUUCAGUUGUAUCAACAAUGAUCCCAAAUAAAUUAUGCACAAAACAA